CGCUUUGUCCCAAUCGAGCAAAGAGAACACACAGUCCCCACUAAGAGGAGCAGCAGCUUCGGAAGAGUGUAGAGAAGCGAGGCAGCGAUCAGAUCUCCUCCCACGAUCUGCCCCCUCCGACCGAUAGCUCUGCGAUCGAUACCCCUCGUGAGCUCUCGCCUCCCUCUUCCGGCUCCGUGUUCCCCUCUUUUCCAGCUGGAGCCCGCCGCUUUCUCGUGAUUUCGUGAAGGAACGCGGCCCCUUCUGGGCUUUAAGCUGCCCCAUCCGCCUGAAUUCGCUGCGGGUCGGGUUCUUGGGUGCUUCUUGGCUAGAUUUGGUGCCACCGUCUGGCGAGGUUGUAGAAUUGGUGGGUGGAGUAGGUAAAAUGCAGGGCUUUACGAUGAAUUGCUCGGCAAUGGUCGUUCCUGGUGCCGAUUCCGCCGAUUGGAGUUAGUUUGGGCGUAAAAGGCUGCUUCUUGGAGUCGAUCUGCUAGUUUUCUUUAAUCUUCUUGUCGUGGUUUCAUUGGCACUGCUGGUUUUGUGCUGGAAGGGGUUUAGUGUCCUUGAUUUGAUACUCUUUUGUUGGAUCUGUUGCUCGUCUUCUACUUCGGCACUUCACUCUUACCUUAUAGUCUCUCGUUACUACGAUGCCAAAAUUUUUUAGGAUUUUGACUUGACAGCACGUUGAUUCUUUACUUCAACCAGUCACUGUCUUUAGAUAACGAGAUACAGUCGGUAGGAUAUCGUCUAUUUGAUAUGGUUGGGGGAGUUGGCCAUCAUUGCAUUUUUUGGUUUUAAUGUUUUUGCUCUCAAUUCUUAAUAGACUUAGCUGGUUGCUUCAAUGUGGUGUAUUUUUAGUUCGAUCUGCACACAAUUUUGGAUUUUAGGCUGGAGUAAGUCACUGUUGAGGUUCUUUAGCUCCAGCGACUUUGGUAUAGUUGGGCCUUGAUGUCUUUCCCUGACAGCAGUUUCAUUCAAUUAAAAUUCCCAGUUGGCCCACAUGAUUAUUGUCAGCAAGAACUGGAUUUGCUUAUCCCCUGCUAUACCAUAACUCAUCUUUCUAUUUGUAACAGUCUGCAGCAUAAGGUCGUUCCAGAGGUCCAAAAUCUUUCUUCUUGACAAGCAGCAUCCUUGUUGCAUGUUUCAUCAGUCCACUGGAAUAAUAUUUCUUUGUCCUACAAGGUAUACAGAGCUGACCCACUACCAUCUUGACUCUUCUUAGUCCAAUACAAUGGACAAAGUAUGUAUCUAGAAUCUAGAUUGAGUCUUUUGAAGCACAGGUUCAAAAUCGAGCUGUAAAUGGCUAUCACAGAUACCCAGAAUCCAUUAUUGGGUGAAACCACAUGUGGGUCUUUGCUGCAGCAGUUGCAGCUAUUAUGGGAUGAGGUUGGUGAGUGUGAUGAAGAACGUGAUAGAAUGCUGCUUCAGCUAGAACAGGAGUGCUUGGAGGUUUACAAGAGGAAAGUUGAGCAGGCGUCAAAGACAAGAGCGCUUCUUCUCCAGUCCUUGGCUGAUUCAAAAGCUGAACUCAUCAGACUUCUUUCUGCUCUAGGGGAAAAAUCUUUCAUUGGCAUUCCUGAUAAGUCCUAUGGCACAAUCAAGGAGCAACUAGCAGCUAUAGCACCACUUCUGGAGCAAAUGUGCAAGCAGAAAGAGGAUAGGAUAAGAGAAUUUUCUGAUGUGCAACUACAAAUUGAGAAAAUCCGUGGAGAAAUUGCUGGAAAUUUGAAGAUUGGUGAGCAAAUUGGGACAACAGUUGAUGAGGAGGAUUUGUCACUGAAAAAGCUGGAUGAGUACCAGUUCCAACUGCAAGAACUUCAGAAAGAGAAGAGCGAUAGGCUGCAUAAGGUCCUUGACUUUGUCAGCACAGUGCAUGACCUCUGUGCAGUUCUGGGGUUAGAUUUCUUUGGUACUAUAAUAGAAGUUCAUCCUAGUUUAAAUGACUCUGUUGGUGUACAAUCAAAGAGCAUCAGCGAUGAUACCUUAUCCAAGCUUUCUAGCAUGGUCACAGCACUUGAAGAAGACAAGAAAACGAGGCUACGAAAGCUUCAAGAGUUAGCUGCUCAGCUUACUGAUCUUUGGAAUCUGAUGGACACACCAAUGGAGGAACAAAGUUUGUUUAGUCAUGUAACAUGUAAUAUAUCUGCUACAGUGGAUGAGGUUACCAUUCCUGGAGCUCUCGCCCUUGACCUGAUUGAACAGGCGGAAGUGGAAGUUGAAAGGCUAGAUCAGCUAAAGGCAAGCAAGAUGAAGGAAAUAGCUUUUAAGAAACAAACUGAACUUGAAGACAUUUAUGCUCGUGCUCACAUAGACAUAGACUCUGCAGCUUCAAGAGAUAAGAUAUUGGCUCUAAUUGACUCUGGAAAUGUUGAACCUUCAGAAUUACUAGCAGAAAUGGAUCAUCAGAUACUGAAAGCUAAAGAGGAAGGGAUGAGCCGAAAAGAAAUAUUGGAAAAGGUUGAAAAAUGGAUGUCAGCAUGCGAAGAAGAAAGCUGGCUUGAAGACUACAGUCGGGAUGAUAAUAGAUAUAACUCAAGUAGAGGUGCACAUUUAAAUCUCAAGCGCGCAGAAAAAGCUCGGAUAUUGGUUAACAAGAUUCCAGCUCUUGUUGAUAUGCUAAUUGCCAAGACUCGAGCAUGGGAGGAGGAUCGUGGCAUGUCAUUCAUGUACGACGGUGUUCCACUUCUUGCUAUGCUAGACGAAUAUACCUUGCUAAGGCAGGAAAGAGAGGAGGAAAAACGAAGGCAGAGGGAUCAGAAGCGCAUUCAUGAGCAACUUGCCACUGAAAAAGAAGCUUUGUUUGGUUCAAGGCCAAGUCCAGCCAGGCCACUUGGUCCAAAGAAGGUGAUGGGCCCUCAUGCAAAUGGCGGCGCAUCUAAUGGAACCCCUAGUCGGCGGCUAUCCCUUAACGCCAACCAAGGCAGCAUGAACGGCGUCAGAUCCAUGAGCAGGGAUGGAAAAAGAGACAGUAACAGGCCAGCAGCUCCAGUGAACUAUGUUGCCAUAGCAAAAGAGGAUGCAGCCUCCCAAAUGUGUGUCACUGAGCAAGCUCCUGCUUCACCAUGAGUUGUUGCCAUGAAUAUGUUUGCGCCUUUUCUUCUUAACCUGAUGCAGUCUUUUGUUAGGUUGUGAUGAGUUGUGGAGAGUGACUGUGUUCAGGGUUGAGGAGUGACUGUAAUCAGGGUUUUGAUACUCUUCUUUAAUUGGCCUGUUGACUUUUGAGAACAUAAUAUUCUAUUAUUGUAAGAUUCCAUA